AUGGCAUAUCCACCAAGGCAAAGUUCCAGUUAUUCAAACAUCGGGCAUAAAUUUUAUUUUACUUUUAAACCUUGCAGCAGCUUGCAAUGCCGAAAACAAAGAAAUUCUUUGGGGAUUCAUCUCUACUUACGCACCAGACGUCACUCCAAAAAAUAAUCAAAUGCUUAACCGGCUUUCAGAUUUUGCAGUGAGAUAUUACCAUGACUUCAUAAAGCCAACAAAGUCAUAUAAAACUCCAAAUGAAAAGGAAAAAAGUGCGCUGUUAGAUUUGCAACAAACUCUGCACUCAUUAUCCACAACAUCAACCGCCAAAGAAGUGCAAACUGAAGUAUUCUCUAUUGGCAAAAAACAUGGUUAUAAGAAUUUACGUGAUUGGUUUGAGUUAUUAUACGAAACAUUGCUCGGUCAGAAAACCGGCCCGAAAAUGGGAUCAUUUAUUAAACUCUAUGGAAUAGACAACACUAUCUCUCUGAUAAAAAAUGCGAUAGCUGAAAAACUAUAA